AUAAGUCCAUGUUGCCCCUCUGAUGAAGCUGUCAGUCCAAAUUGCUGCUUAUGGAAUCAAGGUUACAUUUGUUAACACACAGUUCAUUCAUGCACAAGUCCAAGCUGCACAACCUGAGGAGCAGAAUCAUAUAACGCUAGUUUCAAUUCUAGAUGGCCUAGAAUCCGAAUAUGAUCGAAAAAAUGAAGCUAAGCUUGGCCAGCAGGACCAGGAACAGCUUGCAUUCGGAUUUCAUUCUACAAUGCUUAUUGAGGAUGGAAUACUAGACACAGAUGGCAAGAGAAAACUAGGAUCUACAGAUAUGCCGGCUUGGAAACAUAAUGAGCUUGGAUGGAGCUUCCCAGGUAAACCUCAGUUGCAGAAGUUUUUCUUUAGGCGUGGUUGUGAAGACAUCGGAAUACUCAAGAAUUCAGGUUGGCUUCUUUGCAACACAUUUUAUGAACUUGAUCCACCUGGUUGUAAUUUGAUUCCAAGUAUCUUAUCUAAUGGUCCAUUACUACCAAGCACUCAUGUGACCCCUUUGGCUGGAAGGUUGAAUCCUGAAGACUCAACUUGGUUAGAUUGGCUUGACAAACAAGUCGCAGGGUCAGUUGUCUAUGAUGCAUUUGGAAGCACAGCAAAAUUAAGCCAACUACAAUUAGAGGAACUAGCCAUUGGCCUUGAACUCACAGGAAAUCAUUUUCUGUGGGCUGCUCGAUCAGAUUUUGUGAAUGGAAUGAAUUCUAAGUUUAUGCAUUAUGUGCAAAUAUUUGACUCGUUUGAAAGGUCUGUCAGCCUCAGUCGCAACAACUUAUUAGCCUGCUGCUCCAAUGUGGCCUGCACCACUACACAGUUAGAUGAUACAAAGAAAACUGCUACCUUAACAAAUCUCACGUUCUUGUCAUGGCAAAAGUCGUUUCUAGUAAUGGAAGUGGCAAAGGUUGAUCAGGGACCAGUUAUUCUUGUUAUAAUGUCAAGAGGAGGUUUUGACAAUGCUGUUGCCAAGAAUGACAGUAAUAAGAUCGUAACUGUACUUUAGGUUGCCUACCUGGGAUAUAGUCAUAUCAGCCAGUGAUGCUGCCAUUGCAGAAGUUAUUUUUGGCUAUUAUAAUCCAUUUUAAGUCAUUCACAGUCCUUAUCAUGGGAAUUCGAUUCAUUGAUUAUGAUUGUUUUAAAUGUCAAAGACUGCCAACCACCUGGUAUC